AUGCAAAUUCCAAGCGCAAAGCAUGCACCUUUGGCGGACACCAAAUUUAAGGCCCUGCAUUGUUGCUACGCAGCCGCGUACUUACCGAAGGCAGCGUGGACGAAGACGCUUGGUAAAAAGCCCAAUUUUACAAAUGCCACUGUCAACCCCCCCAGCAAGUUUUUCAGCUUCUUCACAUCGACGACAAUGCUGUUGUUGGAGUUGAUGUUGUCCUAUACACCGGAGCAGCCCGUUAUACCUGUCGAAUUUGAGGCAAAGAACAGCAGUACCACCAGCAAGCCUGAGAAGUCAACAAGUCAGAAACAAGUCAUCCCUCAGAAAAGACGUCGCCAGUCAAGCAACCCGAUCGAUAUGGCCUACACCUCAGUUGAUCCAACUUCCCAGCCAGUGAUUGCAGAGCACCUUGCAAGCUAUCUGGGGCUCUGGGCUGGAACCCCAGUGAUAUGUGUAGGUGAUGAAAGCGACCGGGAUGGCAAGUACCCCGAUGGAUUGCUAUCCUCAGAGGAUUUGGAUGAACUAGCUAAAGGGGUGGAAAUGGAGGAAUUGGAGGAGGGAUUAGCAGAGAGCUAUGCUGAGAUCCCUGUCAAUCUGUAUGACUUAGCUAAUGCUCGAUACACAAGCAUCACAGAAGUCACUACAGGAUUUCCUCAUGGUCUGUUUGUCCUAGCCCUUGAUCUCAGGCACAAGUGGGGCAGCCCGGCGGAUAUAACUCGUGUGGUGAACCCAGAGCCGUCGAGUUUCUAUCCAUGUAGUGAGGAAUGGGUACUCAGAAAUUUGACUACGCAUGAGUUCGUUCGACCCUCAGCAAUUGCACUGGAUCAGAGAUACAUUCGCGGCCCGUUUAUUAAGAUAUUGGGCUAUGGGGAGGUCAUUCUCUCCAAGAUUUGUUGGUCGACGAAUGACUUUACAUCAGUCGCUGGGGAUCCGCUCAACCAAGGACCCUGGGCGGGACAUGCACUUGAUAUUGUCCCUGCCUCUUAUCUGGAUAAUAAUAAGAACCCUUAG